CCAUCAUGAUGUUGCAGACGCCGCCGGGUCGCCGCGUGGAGGGGGCUGAUUGAUAUACAGGACCAAAGACCCUCGCCACUCAGAUUCACCCCACGCUCACACACACCGCCGAAUAACAUGGCAGAUAUGCUUAGGAGGAAGCUGGAAGCUCUGAGUCUGAUGGAUUGACACAUGAGUCCUGGCAAAAGCGCUCCAGAGGAUGGAGCGCCUCGCUGGAGUUCCAUGAAGACGUGGACGGCGACGGCGAAGGCGAAUCCUGCCUGCUCUGCACGUCGUCGACAGCAGCACGGCAUACCUUGUGCAUGAAAUCUCGCAUGCCCAAAGCACAUGGAAGGUCUGUUUCGUAGGAAUUUUGUGACAGGAUACAGUUCGAGCAGCGGAGCAAACAUCGAAACAGCUCUUCCGCUGUCAUCGCGGGGACCCGGCAGCCCCGCGCUCGACACCGCUACAGAAAAAUACCCACGCCUGAGCGAGACGCGCCGUCCGGCUCUCCAGUCUUCGCAGCGAAGACGGCCGAUAGGGCACCAUCGACGGAAAGAUAGCCCAUAAGAGAUUCGAUUUGAGAAGCGACAAUGCAAGAAAGAUAUCGAGACGGCCACCGACCGAUGGACCCAUGAAAAUACUCAUUUACUUCCGUGGACCUAGGAAU